UAGGUAAUGUUGUUCCAUGGUGCAUUUAAACCAUACAUGAUUUGAUAGCUUUGGCAAUGAGCAUCUAAUUCUGUAUUAUUCUUUUGCUUUAUCUCAUGAUUUAAAGAUAGUGAAGUUAGCUUGCAAUGCUAGGCUACUGCCAAGUGUUCCAUCAACCUUCAUUCUUAUAGUUCCCUUCAUUCUUCUGUUGCUUUCUAGACAAGAAGCAUAUCUACAUCAAGUUUGCAUUAAGCAGCUGUUUCAUUGUUGUUUUUCUUGGAGAAAUGUUGGCCAAGGCUAGCUUGGAUGGAGAUAUUGCUUCAACUGAGAUGACAGGGUCAACAAGUCAUCAUCCACCAGUUCCUGCAGGUGCUGAAAAUGUUCAAGAAAUGGCUGACAUGCAACAUGAUUCCAAGAAUAACAAGGUGAAGGAUCAAAGCAAUAAGACAGUACCCUUUUACAAGCUUUUCACAUUUGCAGACUCAUGGGAUUAUUUGUUGAUGUUUGUUGGGACUAUAAGUGGCGUUGGGAAUGGAAUCUCUAUGCCUUUAAUGACUAUAAUUAUUGGAGAUGCUAUUAAUGCUUUUGGAGGAAAUGUUAGCACUAAACAAGUAGUUCAUCAAGUUUCCAAGGUGUCUGUCAAGUUUGCAAUCAUGGGUGCAUGUGCCUUUUUUGCAGCGUUUCUACAGGUGUCUUGUUGGAUGAUCACAGGGGAGAGACAGGCUGCAAGAAUAAGGGCAUUAUACCUCAAAGCAAUUUUAAGGCAAGAUAUCAGUUUCUUUGACAAGGAAACAAAUAGUGGUGAGGUUGUUGGAAGAAUGUCAGGUGAUACAGUUCUUAUUCAAGAAGCCAUGGGAGACAAGGUAGGAAAAUUCAUACAAUAUGUGUCAUGUUUUUUAGGAGGUUUAGUUGUGGCAUUCAUCUUGGGUUGGCUUUUAACCCUUGUCCUUCUAUCGUCUAUUCCUCUUCUUGUCCUCUCUGGUUCCAUAAUGAGCUUUGCUUUCGCAAUGAUGGCAUCCCGUGGACAAACGGCAUAUUCUGAAGCAGCAACUAUAGUAGAGCAGAUAAUCGGUUCAAUUCGAACAGUUGCAUCAUUUACCGGCGAGAAACAAGCUAUAUCUCAAUACAAUCAAUCCUUAGCUAAAGCUUACAAAGUUGGAGUACAAGAGGGAUUGGCUAUUGGUUUAGGCCUCGGUUCGGUUCGUUUAUUUGUUUACUGCAGUUAUGCUUUGGCUGUAUGGUUUGGAGGGAAGAUGGUACUUGAGAAAGGUUAUACAGGAGGUGAAGUCAUAAGUGUAUUUUUUGCAGUACUAACUGGUUCCUUGUCUCUAGGACAAGCAACUUCGAGCUUAACAGCAUUUUCUGCUGGACAAGCUGCAGCCUUUAAGAUGUUUGAAACAAUCAAAAGGAAGCCGGAAAUUGAUGCUUAUGACAAAAUCGGGCUAAAGCUUAAUGACAUUCAGGGAGACAUAGAGCUUAGGGAGGUUUGCUUUAGUUAUCCUACAAGACCAAAUGAACUAAUAUUCAAUGCAUUUUCUCUUUCGAUAUCAAGUGGUACUACCGUGGCUUUAGUCGGGCAAAGUGGGAGUGGAAAAUCAACAGUGAUAAAUUUGAUAGAGAGAUUUUAUGAUCCACAGGAUGGUCAAAUUAUCAUUGACGGUAUUGACCUCAGAGAAUUUCAAUUGAAAUGGAUCAGACAGAAAAUAGGCCUAGUGAGUCAGGAACCAGUUCUCUUUACUUGUAGCAUUAAAGAGAACAUUGCCUAUGGUAAGGAUGCGGCAACCGAUGAAGAAAUCCGAGCUGCAGCAGAACUUGCUAAUGCUGCUAACUUCAUCGAUAAAUUUCCUCUUGGACUUGAAACGAUGGUCGGUGAGCAUGGAGCACAACUCUCUGGAGGCCAAAAGCAAAGAAUUGCUAUAGCAAGAGCAAUUCUGAAAGAUCCAAGAAUUCUACUCCUUGAUGAAGCAACAAGUGCCCUUGAUGCAGAAUCUGAAAGAGUAGUACAAGAGACCCUGGACAGAAUUAUGAUAAACCGAACAACCAUCAUUGUAGCUCACCGCCUAAGCACAAUAAGGAACGCUGAUAUCAUUGCUGUUAUUCACGAAGGAAAAGUAGUAGAAAAAGGUACACAUGCUGAGCUCACUAAAAAUCCUGAUGGAGCUUAUAGUCAACUCAUUAGAUUGCAAGAAAUUAAAAAGGAUUCAUCAGAACAGUUUGGUGAUAAUGACUCGGAUAAGCUAGAAAACUUUGUAGACUCUGGAAGAGAGUCAAGCCAAAGGUCUUUAAGCCGCGGAUCAUCAGGGAUUGGAAACAGUAGUCACAACUCAUUCAUAGCAUCAAAUUCUAUGCCAGACACACUAGUAGGAGGGUCUGAAGUUGUUCCUUCAGCAAAAGCAUCAUCAACUAAAACUCGAGAUGCCCCAUUUUUUCUCCUUGCUUAUCUUAACAAGCCUGAAAUCCCGGUGUUACUCAUGGGAGCUCUGGCAGCAACAGUAAAUGGUGCAAUGUUACCUAUUCUGGGCCUUCUAAUCUCCAAAAUGAUAAAUACAUUUUUUGAGCCUGCAGAUGAACUUCGUAAAGACUCAAAAUUUUGGGCAUUAAUAUUUGUUUCCCUUAGCGUGGCAUCUUUCAUUUUUCAUCCGUUAAGGUCAUACUCUUUUGCUGUAGCUGGUUCUAAAUUGAUAAAAAGAAUCCGGUUAAUGUGCUUCGAGAAAAUAAUUCACAUGGAAGUAGGAUGGUUUGAUAAAGCUGAGAAUUCAAGUGGUGCGCUUGGUGCAAGGCUGUCAACUGAUGCUGCUUCGAUUCGAACUUUGGUUGGUGACGCACUCGGUUUGCUUGUUCAAGAUAUCUCUACAGUUAUUACAGCCUUGGUAAUUUCCUUUCAGGCAAAUUGGCAGCUUUCUCUCAUCAUUCUUGUUUUGUUGCCUCUACUAUUAGUAAAUGGAUAUUUUCAAAUCAAGGCCAUGCAAGGAUUCAGCACAGACGCAAAGAAACUAUACGAGGAAGCAAGUCAAGUAGCGAACGACGCAGUAGGGAAUAUCAGAACAGUUUCUGCUUUCUGUGCCGAAGAGAAAGUGAUGGAAUUAUACCAGAAGAAAUGUGUAGUACCAUUCCAGACAGGAAAAAGGCAGGGUUUAGUCAGUGGAACUGGUUUUGGGUUAGCAAUCUUCUUUCUGUUUUGUGUCUAUGCAAUCAGUUUUUAUGCUGGCGCCCAACUUAUUGAGAAUGGCAAAACUUCGAUGUCAGGAGUUUUUCAAGUAUUUUUCUCUCUCACAACGGCAGCUGUCGCAUUAUCUCAAUCCGGCUUCAUGGCUCCAGGAGCUAGUAAAGCCAAAAGUUCAGCUGCUUCAGUAUUUGCUAUUCUUGAUCAGAAAUCAAAAAUAGAUACCAGUGAUGAAUCAGGAAUGAUACUGGAAGAUGUGAAGGGAGAGAUUGAGUUCCAUCAUGUCACUUUCAAGUAUCCAACCAGACCUGAUGUUCAUAUAUUCAAAAAUCUUUCCUUGACCAUUCAUUCAGGACAGACAGUUGCUCUAGUAGGUGAAAGUGGAAGUGGAAAAUCAACAGUGAUCUCAUUGUUGCAAAGAUUUUAUGAUCCAGAUUCAGGUCAGAUUAAACUGGAUGGAACAGAAAUCCAAAAGCUACAGCUUAAAUGGUUUAGGCAGCAAAUGGGACUGGUAAGCCAAGAGCCUGUGCUGUUUAAUGACACCAUCAGAGCUAACAUUGCCUAUGGAAAAGGUGGUAAUGCAACUGAGGCUGAAGUUAUAGCUGCAGCAGAACUAGCAAAUGCUCAUAACUUCAUUAGUAGUUUGCAGCAGGGGUAUGAUACAAUAGUAGGAGAGCGAGGGAUUCAACUUUCUGGAGGACAGAAGCAACGUGUGGCAAUUGCAAGAGCCAUAGUUAACAGGCCAAGAAUAUUACUACUAGAUGAGGCCACAAGUGCCCUUGAUGCAGAGUCUGAAAAAGUGGUUCAAGAUGCACUUGAUAGAGUGAGGGUGGACAGAACCACCAUUGUGGUGGCUCAUAGAUUAUCAACAAUAAAGGGUGCAAAUUCAAUUGCAGUUGUUAAAAAUGGAGUGAUUGAAGAGAAAGGAAAACAUGACAUAUUGAUCAACAAGGGUGGCACCUAUGCUUCUUUAGUAGCAUUGCACACAACUAGCACUGCUUCAUCUUAAGACUCUUUCAACCUAUUCAAUCUAUUUUUGCAUGCUUCUUCAAAAAAAAAAAAAAAAUUCUAUUUUUGCAUGGUUUCUAGAAUAAGUUAUUUUGAAAAAGUUUUUUUUUAUACACACACAUUCUGCUGCAUCUAAUAUAUAGAAGCAUUUAUAUACAUGCUUAUUACCUCCAGUACGAUUGACACUAUUGUGUACAUUUUUUUUUUUUUUUGGUAAAAUGCUUAAGUAUACAUUUAACAAUGAAUUGUGUCAUUUUAACAACAAAUUAUAGGGUUAACACAAUUUAAGUAGCACCACUUCAUCUUAA